CAGGCGGGCAAUGCCGUUUGGAUGUGUGACGUUAGGUGACAAAAAGGAUUACAAUCAGCCCACAGAAGUCAGCGACAAAUAUGACUUGGGCCAGCUCAUCAAGACAGAGGAAUUCUGUGAAGUCUUCAGAGCCAAAGACAAAUCAUCGGGAAAAUUCUACACCUGCAAACGCUUCCUGAAGAGGGAUGGGCGCAAAGUCCGGAAGGCGGCCAAAAAUGAGAUCAACAUCCUGAAAAUGGUGAAGCACCCCAACGUCCUGCAGCUGGUCGAUGUGUUUGAGACAAAGAAGGAAUAUUUCAUCUUCCUGGAGCUAGCUUCAGGCCGGGAAGUGUUUGACUGGAUCCUGGAUCAGGGUUAUUACUCGGAGAAGGACACAAGUAACGUCAUCCGGCAGGUCCUGGAGGCUGUGGCCUAUCUUCAUUCACUGUGCAUUGUGCACAGGAACCUCAAGUUGGAGAACUUGUUGUAUUUUAAUCGUCUGAAGAAUUCCAAAAUAGUCAUCAGCGACUUUCAUUUGGCUAAAGUGGAGAGAAGCCUCAUCAAAGAGCCGUGUGGGACCCCCGAGUACCUGGCCCCAGAGGUGGUCGCGCGCCAGCGAUACGGACGACCUGUUGACUGCUGGGCUAUCGGAGUUAUAAUGUACAUACUGCUCUCUGGGAACCCUCCGUUCUACGAUGAGACGGAGGAGGAAGAUUACGAGAGUCACGACAAGAACCUGUUCCGGAAGAUUCUACACGGCGAUUAUGAGUUUGACUCUCCAUACUGGGAUGAUAUUUCCCUAGCAGCCAAAGAUCUGGUGUCCCGUCUGAUGGAGGUGGACCAGGACCAGAGGGUGACAGCGGCGGACGCCAUUAGCCAUGAAUGGAUUUCGGGGAACGCGGCAUCCGAUAAAAACAUCAAGGACGGAGUAUGUGCGCAGAUCGAGAAGAACUUCGCUAAAGCCAAAUGGAAGAAAGCUGUGCGAGUGACCACCAUGAUGAAGCGCCUGAGGGCACCGGACGCACAGUCCGAGUCCAAGACCCCAUCUCCGUCCAUGGACAGCGAGCGGACGCCAGGCCUGACCACCCCCGCACCGUCACCCGCCAGCACCCCGGCCGAAGAAACGCCCUCCCCGGUCAGCCCCUCCCCUGACGGCACCGGAUGAGGACCGGGGGGCGAACCGGCAAACACCCUACUCACCGGCAGAGCAUACCGUCAUUAACCCUUCCUCCCCCCUCCACCGCGACGGGCUUUCUCU